AUGAAUCCACACCAGAUCCUGGCCGCCAUAGAGCUGGCUGUCUAUCUCGUCCUCUUCGUCCCCGUCAGCUUCUGCACAUAUCACUACCUGUCAAAGAAGAAGCAGACGGCAUGGAUCUACCUCAGCGUCUUCGUUCUCGCCAAAAUCAUCGGCCCGGCAAUGUACAUCUCCAUGGCAAGCCAUUCCAAGCCCUCAACAGGCCUGCAACUGGGCUCUCAGAUCCUCUACACAAUCGCCCUCGGUCCCCUCCUCAACGCGACCCUCUCGCUCGUCAACGCCUCUUCGAAGUCUAAAGCAAAGGAGCCCACCCCGGCCUACUCUUACUCCCCCGUCGACGCGCCCACGCCCAUUCCAAUGGCCAACCCCUCCUCCAAGGACUCAAACACCUCAAAACGUGGCUCUCCAGACCUUUCCCCGCUAAACAUCAUCCUCCUCGCCCUCCACCCCAUCAUCAUGAUCGGCCUCGUCCUCGGCGCCGUAGGCGGCUCAAAACGCUCCCCCGAUUCCUCCGGCCACAUCGACCAAGACAAGUACGCUAAGGCGAUUACAUUCUCCAAGGCCUCAGCCGCGCUCUUCAUGGUCGGUCUAGCCGGUAUUGCAGCGGGCGUCGCCUUGCUCUGGAAAUCGCGUCGCAGUUUCCCGACUGUCAACUACUACACCACGACGUGGAUGGCGGCGGUUAUCCCCUGUUUGUUUCUGCGCGUGCUGUACUCGGUGCUUACGGCGGCGAGUCUGGAUAAGAAUGAUCCGGCCAAGGUGUCCAAGUUUGAUGUGUUGAGGGGCAGCUGGGUGAUUUAUUUCUUUUUGGGGUUUUUGCCUCAGAUUUUUAUUGUCCUUGUUUAUGCGGCUUGUGGGGUGUUGGCUUGGUUGAAGGAGCGGAGAAGAGCUUAA